AUGGCAAGAGUUCAAGGAAGUAGACGAGGUUUCAACCGAGGACGUGGCCAAGUCUCAUUUGCGCAUGUCGGCAAAAACAACAACAACAAUAACACUGUCCAGAAGAAUUUCAAUGAUUCAUCUUCAGGAAAUAGUCGAGGCAAGUUCAAGAAUCGGGGAACCAAGGGCAAUCCAAACAAGCAGAAGAAUUACAGCAAGUUUACAAGUAGUGAUGCUCAUGCAGAGGGCAGUAGCCUCGAAAAUGAUUUAGACAAGAUUCUUCACGCAAGCACAUUGGCCAAACACAUAGACCCUCCCUUCACCGAACUGGAAGACGACUUCUCAAGACUGAAAACACAGACCAUACAACUAGCAACACUUGUCCUACAUCUUCAGAGCAAGCUCGUUUCUGAUCUGCCGAAGCCGAAGAAACCGCAUCCUCCUGAAGCGAUUGCGAUUGGAAGAUCCCUUCCACCAGAUAUCUCGAGCUCCGAUAAAAUCCAAACAACCACUUUCAAAGCACACCUGAUCAAGACAGCUCAGCCUACCGCAAGCGACCCUCUCUCCAUUAUCUAUUCAUCUACCACCAAGCCGUGGUCUCCCAGACGUCCUCCAACCAAUACCCCUAAAGCCCUCCAAACCCCUGGCACACCUGCUUGGGCAGGGAGCCCGAUGAGCGUUGAUAUGGCAUCCCCUUCCAACACGCAAUUGACUCCGACGCUGGACCGCUUGCUAGACGAGCUUCACGAGGCGAUCCAAAAUCGGGAUGGCGAGCGUAUUGCGCUCGACCUGCAGAUCGAGCCUCCGCUUGCUCAGGCAUACACCGACCUAUCGCGUGAGCUUCAAAAGCAUUAUCCUUGGGGCAAAGAUCAGCACUUGCGGACUCUUUGUGAGAAAGUCUUGCCCAAGAGUCCAGAUGGAGCCAAGAUUGCGUGGGAAUCAUUCGCAGGCCAUCUUCUCCAGUACUUGCAAUUUAUCAGAGAUUAUGCUCCCCACAAUCUCCUAAAAAACAAUAACGAUAUUAAGAGACUGCUCAAUACAUCCUGUAUCUGCCUCGGUGAUGUCACCUAUGGUGUUGUUAUCCUGCCAACUGUCCUCUACUUGUCCAAAGUGCUGGCCAAACUUGCGCUUGGAUUAGACAGAAGGCCCGAUCUUGUGGCGCAGCUUAUGAAAGAGCACCAUACAGGUGACAGCGAAGACAUCAAAGAGAGAGUCACCUUUGUCGAAGAUGCUGCCAAUACCAUUCGCGAAGCAUUCAUUAAAUGUCUGAGUGACAAAAGCGGCUCAGGUGGGUUUGGUAGAAAUGCUGCACCCGAGGGCAAACGCAUUGGCAUAUACAAAACAGGCAAUCUCUGCCUGAAGCUCCUUUUCCAAUGUCGAAAGUUAUCAAGUGCAACUACCAUGUUCGUCUCUAUUGAUGCGCAAAGUCCACUUCUAUCACAUUAUCCAGCGCCGCAGCGAGUGACGUAUCUUUAUUAUCUUGGGCGAUACCUUUUCGCGAAUAACCACUUCUUCCGUGCACAGCUGGUAUUGCAAGCUGCAUAUGACCAGUGCCAUGCUGAGGCGCUUCGGCACCGAGAGCUCAUACUGGUGUACUUGAUCGCAUCCAAUAUGUGUUUGGGGCGCUUUCCCUCAUCGAAGCUCCUGCUGAGGAGAGAAGCUACCCGACUGGCCAAGCACUUCCUUCCCCUCUGUCAAGUCAUCGCACUUGGUGAUUUGUCUGGUUUUGAAGAGCAUCUGAGCCUGAACAACCCACAUGGACAAUGGUUCUUUCAAAGGAGGUUGUUGCUACAAUUCCGCAACAGAUGUGAAGCCCUGGUAUGGAGAUCUCUGGCCCGUCGUGUCUUCAUUGAGGUAGGCUUCCCAGGAGGCGAAGACAACAAAACUCCAUUUCUCCGACUGCAUCUACUUCAAGCCGCUGUUCAGUGGCUUAAUGUGAGGAGGCUGAAGUCGCCUCCGCAAAAACCCGCAACGAACGUGCAAUCAUGGGCUUCACCGCUCCGGGACAACGCCCAAACGCAGUUCGAUAUUGACCCGGGAAACCGUGCCGCAAAAGCCGUUGAUCCCGAAUUUGCGGGAAUGGAGGAUGUGGCCGCAGACGUUGGAUUUGACCUUGAGUCCGGUGCUUAUAUUGGACGAACUGAGAACCAGAGGAAGUACCUUGCAAGUAAUGGAGCCGAUACGAAGCAUCCGAAGCCACAGUUACAUCCUACAAUAGACGAAGUCGAAUCUAUUAUGGCGUCGCUGAUCCAGCAAGAUUUGGUUGUUGGAUUCUUGACACACAACAAUCCACGCUUUGCGAUUCCUGGUGCAAAGACAAGGGGUGCUCUGGCGGUUGGAUUCCCCUCUAUUUGGCCGGUCAUCAAGGCACGCAGGCAAGAGGAUCAAGUACCUGGCUGGGUCAAAGAAGAUGGUAGACACAACGUCUUCGGUGGAGGUGCAUUUGGUGGUCCCGGAGGAGGCGGAAGGGUUGUCAAUCUUAGCGGUGCUAGGCCGGUCGGUGUAGGAGCUGUAUGA